ACAAAUGAUUUUCUCUUCAGAUUCCCAAUCACCAGUAGUAUAAUCGUUCGUCCAAUUUCCCAUUCACAAUCAAAAACCCCUUUCUCUUAUUAAUAAUUUGCAGAAAAAACCCCACAAAUUCGCAACUUUAAUCUCGCUCCAUUCGAUUCUUCCAAACCCUAAUUUCUCACGAUCAUCUUUUCAUCGAAACCCUAACAACCUUACAUUCAAUCCGAUUCAUUUCUUUCAAAUUCCACAAUUCAUUCAUCCCUCAUAUUUAUCUCUUAUAAUCUUGCAUAACCCUUUACGGAAUUAGGGUUUUGUUGACAAUCUUUUUACCCCUAUUUAUGAUCAGAUUUUUGUAGUUUUAUAUAUUUCAAGUAACAAUCUUUUUUUCCUCUUUUAUCAGGGCUGUUUCCUAGGGUUCUUGAGGAAAAAAAGAAACUUUUUAUUGUGGGUAUUAUUCUUUAGGGCCACAAUUGACAACCCUUUAUGUUUAUAAUCAUUUUCUGUAUGUGUAUGUGUUUGGUAUCUGAAAAAGUUUCAGACUUGUAAUUUGGGGAGCAAAAAGUUCGAUAAAUUUUGUGGUUGUUGUGACUUGUGAGUGGCUUUUUGGGUGUAGUUGAGUGGUAUUGAAUAGUUGUGUAUGGGUGAGCUUGAGGGAUGGUCACAGAUGGGUGGUGGUGGUGGUGGCCGCCUGUUGCCGAAUGGGCUAUUGCCGAAUGCGGGUUCGUUGGUAGAUACUUUAGAUUCUGAGAGGUGGUUAAUAGCUGAAGAAAGAACGGCUGAGCUUAUUGCGUGUAUUCAACCGAAUCAACCGUCGGAAGAACGUAGAAAUGCUGUUGCUGAUUAUGUUCAACGGCUUAUUAUGAAGUGUUUUCCCUGUAAGGUUUUUACGUUUGGGUCUGUGCCUCUUAAAACAUAUCUACCGGAUGGCGAUAUCGACUUAACAGCCUUCAGCGACAGUCCAAACUUGAAAGAUUCAUGGGCAAGUGAGGUCUGUGAUUUGUUGCAGACCGAAGAAAAGAACGAGAAUGCAGAAUUUCAAGUAAAGGAAGUUCAAUACAUUCAAGCAGAAGUGAAGAUUAUAAAGUGUUUGGUGGAGAAUAUCGUGGUAGAUAUUUCUUUUAAUCAGCUUGGAGGGCUUUGUACCCUUUGUUUUCUUGAGGAGGUUGACCAUUUGAUAAACCAUAAUCAUUUAUUUAAGCGUAGCAUUAUACUAAUCAAAGCAUGGUGUUAUUACGAGAGCCGUAUACUCGGUGCUCAUCACGGACUUAUUUCCACUUACGCUCUUGAGACUUUGGUUCUUUACAUAUUCCACGUCUUCAACAAUUCGUUCGCUGGCCCGCUUGAGGUGCUUUAUCGUUUUCUGGAGUUCUUCAGUAAUUUCGACUGGGAUAAUUUUUGUGUUAGCCUGUGGGGCCCAGUGCCCAUAAAUUCACUUCCAGAUGUAACUGCCGAACCACCUCGUAAGGACAGUGGAGAAUUGCUGCUUAAUAAAGUGUUUCUCGACGCUUGUAGUUCGGUGUAUGCCGUUUUUCCUAGUGGCCAGGAUAGUCAAGGGCAGCCUUUUAUUUCUAAACAUUUUAACGUUGUUGAUCCGCUACGUGUGAGUAAUAAUCUUGGAAGAAGCGUGAGUAAAGGUAAUUUUUUCAGAAUACGCAGCGCGUUUUCACUUGGGGCUAAAAAGCUAAAAAAAUUUCUCGACUGCCCAAAGGAAAAUGUUGUUGCUGAAGUAACUAAUUUUUUUACCAACACGUGGGACCGGCAUGGUAACGGUAUUCGCCCCGAUGCACCCGUUACCGAUCCAUUGAUUUCGAAAACCGAUACUCGUAUAAGUGAUUCAGUUGAACGAAAGUCGGAAUCCGUUGGUCAAGAGUCUGACUUUGACCACACUCGUUCACCAAAGACCUCUGCUGUCAAUUCACAUGCUAACCAAGGUCAACGGAAUUUGAAAUCUGGUCUUUUGGUCAAUGAUAUUCAACGGUCUCCGUUUGCUAGAACGCGGUCCAGCCCUGAACUAACCGAUACAUACCAAUACGUCCUUUUUCAAGGGACCCACAACAAACCACCAGAAAAUGGAAAAACCCAUAGCAGGAAAAAGAACGUUGAACCGGAAACCGAGAAAAACGAGUUUUCAACCUUGCACCAUGUUCCACCGAAGCAAAGUCCCGAGCCAUCAGUUGAAUCAAAUAUGUAUCAACAAGACGAUAUGCAUCAAGAGGAACAAGAUCUUGUUAACAUGAUGGCGGCAUCUUCUGCGUUUCAUGGUUUUCACGGGCCGGUGAAUUUAGCAUCUGGUCAUUUUCCGUUUCCGAUCUCGCCAUCUUUUUUAGCUUCGUUAGGAUACACACAAAGGAAUAUGGCGGGAAUGAUUCCCGCAAAUAUGCCGUUUAUCGAUCCUCAAUUCUCCGGUAUGCAGUUUCCUCACGGUUUUGUUCCUCAUUACUUUCCCGGGGUUAACGCGACUGCAAAUUCUGAAGAGUCGGUUAACGAAAAUGAGUUAAACGAUGAAUUAUGGCGGGAACCUAAUCGGGUGAAUUCGGAAGUUGUUUCGCAAGAUGAUAAUAAACCGCAGUCGUCGUCAACGGGGAUGAAUUACAUUCCGCCACCUCGUCGUGUAGGUGGGUCCGGUGGGUUAGUAAGAAGUCAACAAAAGAAUAACAAAGAAAAACGAGAUCGGGUAAGAGACAAUAAUCAUUUGGAUUAUUCUCAGUUUCAAGAAAAUAAGUUAAACGAUGCUUAUUUAGAAGAACGUGCCACGAGUUCGAGACUUUCGUCUGCUACUCACGGUAAUUCUCUAAGAAGUAAAACUUCAUCAGAGAGUUCGAGGGAUGAAACGCUGACGGUCAACAAGUCAACAAAGGAAAAACGUGGAAAGAAAACGGUCAAUUCUAUAGAGUCGUCUGUGGAAGAUGACCAGGACUGGGUCCCGGUCCCGUCAAUGAGUUUCGGAUCCGAGUCGGUAUCGCAGACUGUUGCUCCAAUGCAUGUUUCGAGACCCCAUGACCCCGAUAUCGAACAGGCUCAAACAAGUGGUUCUAGUUCCGGAUUUCCGAUGGGCCCACUGAUUAUCGGAUCCAACCGUAGACACCAAAUGAUGGAGAAUUCGGGGGGUACACCUUUGACUUUUUAUCCCACCGGGCCACCUGUUCCUUUUCUUACAAUGCUUCCUUUUUAUAAUGUUCCGUCGGAAAACGGGUCAACAAAUGCAUCAGAAAAUGGGGAUAUUGGUCAAAGUUUCCAUCAUGAAGGAGUUGAUCAGUCUGUAGAUUUUAGUCCUCGAGGGGCGGGUCCCGGUGAGACACCAGAUGAACAACACAAGUCCGAUAUUCUUAACAGUGACUUUGCGAGCCAUUGGCAGAAUCUACAGUUUGGUCGGUUUUGUCAAAGUCCACGUCAUCAUGGACCCUCGGUUUAUCCUUCACCGCUCAUGGUUCCACCAAUGUAUUUACAGGGUCGUGUCCCAUGGGAUGGUCCCGGAAGACCCUUGCCUAACAUGAACGUAGUUACACAGCUCAUGAAUUACGGACCGCGACUCGUGCCCUUUGCUCCUCUUCAGUCUGGUCCCAACCGACCUCCUAACGUUUACCAGCAUUACGCUGAAGAAAUGCCAAGAUAUCGUAGUGGCACUGGGACAUAUUUACCAAAUCCUAAGGUUGGCGUUAGGGAUGGCAAUCGGAGAGGGAAUUUUAACUAUGAUAGAAGCGAUAAUCAUGGUGAUAGAGACAGUAACUCGAAACCACGUGCUUCGGGCCGUAACCAGAACCACAAGCGUAAUCAGAUGGAUAAAUCGACAGCUAGGCUGGACCGGUUGGGUUCAAGUGGAAGUCGGUCAUUUAAUUCACAUAGACACGAUUCGUUUUCUACAUACCAAACACAGAAUGGUCUAUUGCAUCCCGGAUCAAGUCAAAGUGGUGGUUCUGGUAAUGUGGGUUAUGGGAUGUAUCCUUUACCGGGUGUUCCGUCUAAUGGGUCAAACGGUCCUGGUGUUGUGAUGAUGUAUCCGUGUGAUCAAAACGAGCAGCUUGAGUUUGGGUCGAUGGGUCCUGUGGGGUCUUCCACUGUGAAUGAGCAAUCACCACGCGGUGAAGGAAAUCGUUCUAGGGGAAUGCAAGAGGAACACAGGUUAUAUUCACCAGAUCAACCGUUGUCACCCCGUCAUCAAAGGAGGGUAUGAUUGUGUUCACAACAUCUCAAGUACGUUAAUCAGGCAAGCCAAUGAGAAUCGCGAAAGCUGACCCUCUGGGAACCGGCAGAAGUGGCUCGUGGUGCCAACAAAGGAAUCGUCUAUACUCGCUGGUCAGCAGUGCUAGUUAUUGAUUUUGGCUUGUGGGGUAGCAAUAGCAAGCACACACACACGCACGCACUGGUUUUAUGUAAAAAUACGCGCUCUAGGGCGGUGGCAAUGAAGAAGAAAGAAACCUCUUGUUUUUUUUUUUGUUUUUUUCUCUUGUUAUACAGGGGCCAUCACCGCCGAAUAUGUUAGUUUUAACUUGAGUACAUUAGUUUUUCUCGGGGAUGUUAAAAUUUGUAGCGCUCUAACCUGUUAUACCUUUGUUACUCGUGUUAUUCUACCUAUGAUGGUUAGUGUUUUUAGUACAUAUAAAACACUUUGUACCCUUUUGUCA